UUAUGGAGUCUAAAUUAAAACAGUAUCCAAGGAUAAUAUGUAUGGAUGGGACUCACUGCACCAACCAAAAGGGAAUGGAUUUGACAACUAUGCUCGUUAAGGAUGACAGAAAUUGUGGUUUUCCAGCUGCUUUUUUUUAAGUAAUAGGUUAGAUCAGGAGGUACAGGAAUUAUUUUUAGGUGCACUUUAUGAUAAAGUUGGGUUAAUCGAGCCCCAAUAUUUUAUGACUGAUGAUGAUCCUAAAUAUUAUAAUGCGUGGGUAAAGGUGAUGGGAUCUGUACCAAGAAAACUUUUGUGUAGUUGGCACAUUAUGAAAAACUGGGUUAUACAAGGAAGAUCUAAGAUACAAAAUGAUGAGAUUAAGAAAUCAAUGAAAUCCGACAUGAAAAAAAUUCUAAAUGAGAUUAAAAUGGAAGCUUUUAUUGACAAAACUACAAAAUAUUUUAAAAAACUAGAAAAUGCGAAUGAAAUUGCAUUUUUAUCUUAUCUUAAAAAGUAUUAUUUCCAAAAUGAAGAAAGAAUUGCUAUGUGGGCACAUUGCUAUAGAGUAAAUGCGGGAGUGAAUACAAACAUGUCAAUAGAAAGUUUAAAUAAUUUCCUGAAAAGUAAUAUGCUAAAGAGGAAAGCAAAUAUUACCAUAGAUAAGUUGAUGGAUGUAAUUGAAGAUUUGGUGGAUGCAAAGAUGUGGCAAAGAGUUUUGAAGUUGGAAAGACCAGAUGCGGAUAACUACCAAGAUAAAGUGAUAGUAAAAGCUCAUAAAAUGGCAGAAAAUAUGGAUAUGACAAAUAUGGUAACGGAAAUUGAAUUUGGACGGUAUCAGGUAAAAAAUACUAAAGAAGAAUUUUAUAAUGUUUCCCUAAAUGAAGUCUGUGAGGUGGGUUGCAAAACAUUGUAUUGUAAAUUAUGUAAGAUCUGUUUUCAUCGCUACACAUGUGAGUGUCCGCAAUAUUGCAUUAAAACAACAAUAUGCAAACACAUACAUUUAAUAUGUUUAUAUGAGCAAAGGAAGGGAAGCGAUUCUGUUUUAGGUGAUGUCGCUGAACUCCUUGGGGAAUGUUCUUCCAAUAAUAUUGAAGCUAGCCAGAGUGUAGAAAUUGAAACGUUUGUUAAUGAGAAGACGACUGAAAAUCAACAAGUAGCAGUACAACCAUUGAACAAGCAAUCAAGAAGAGAAAUUGAAAUUGAGAGUGUAUCAAACUUUUUAAGAUCUUUAAAUGAUGAAACUUAGGAUAAGUGCAUGAGAUAACUUACAUCAAUGAUGGAACAGGUAAAUAAGACAAAUACAGGUAAACGAAAAAUGGACAAACAAGUUUAUUUUCCAUCAAAGAAGAAGAAGGAGCA